CAUAAAUCAGCCUUAACAGGAAGAGAAGCAGAAGAAGACUACACGACUGUGGCUGUGAGCUACUUCUGAACAACUUCAACUACCGUGUUUGGGACAUUCAGUGAAGAGACUGCAAAGAUGUCGUCGGGUGCACUCUUUCCAAGCUUGGUCAGUGGUUCGAGGGGAAGUUCCAGCAAGUACCUGGUGGAGUUUCGUGCUGGUAAAAUGAGCUUGAAGGGAAACACUGUUACACCUGAUAAACGCAAGGGCAUGGCAUACAUCCAGCAGUCGGAUGAUUCUUUGAUCCAUUUCUGCUGGAAGGACAGGACGACUGGAAAUGUUGAUGAUGACCUUAUCAUAUUCCCUGAUGACUGUGAAUUCAAAAAGGUGAACCAGUGCACAACCGGACGUGUCUAUGUGUUGAAGUUCAAAGCUGGAUCUAAGAGGCUGUUCUUCUGGAUGCAGGAGCCAAAAACGGAUAAGGAUGAUGAGUACUGUCGUAAGGUGAAUGAAUACCUCAACAACCCUCCAAUUCCUGGAGCCCCUGGCAGUGGAGGCGGCAGCGGCCAUGAGCUGUCUGCGCUGGGAGGUGAGGGAGGUCUCCAGAACCUGCUGGGAAACAUGAGCCACAACCAGCUGAUGCAGCUUAUUGGACCAACAGGACUGGGUGGACUGGGAGGUCUGGGAGCUUUAGCAGGACCAGGACUUGCCAGCCUCCUAAGCAGUGGAGGACCAGUCACCAGCAGCACCUCAUCCAGCUCUCGGAGCCAAGCCACCACAGCCUCUCCGUCAUCAGGUGCAGCCCCCAGACCGAGCUCUGCCCAGGCUCCCACCACCCCUUCCGCUCCUGCGGCUUCAACUCCAUCCUCUACUGGUGUUGCCCUUUCCACGCCAGCUUCAGCUCAAACACCUGUUGCCCCAGCUUCCAUCGCAAGCCCUUCCUCCCACCAACCCAUCCAGCUCAGUGACCUUCAAAACAUUCUUGCCACGAUGAACGUCCCAGCAGCGGCUGCUGCUGCUCAGGGACCAGCGGUGGAUCUAUCCAGUGUUUGCACCCCGGAGAUGAUGGCUCCCAUCCUGAGUAAUGCUGAGGUCCAGCAGAGGUUGCUUCCCUUCCUCCCCAGUGGAGAGAGUUUACCUCAGACUGCUGAAGAGAUCCAGAACACACUCAGUUCGCCUCAGUUUCAACAGUCGAUGAGUAUGUUCAGCAGUGCCUUGGCUUCUGGACAGCUCGGCCCUCUUAUGAGCCAGUUUGGUCUGCCAGCUGAAGCUGUGGAUGCUGCAAAUAGGGGAGAUGUGGAGGCAUUUGCAAACGCCAUGCAGGGCAACAAAGGAGAUUCCAAAGAGAAGAAAGAUGACGACGAGGACAUGAGUCUUGAUUAGCGUUUGACCUGUGGAGUCCCGGCACCUGAUUCCCUUUCUCUUCUAAUCAUCUUUACCUCCUCAUAUUAAGCAUUUUCUCACACUUUUCUAUACCAAAGGCAACGUUCCAACUCAGGACAACCACCUCAAGUUAAGCAGGGCUAAUGUUCAUCGUAACAGCCGUGGCCUGUGUUCACCAACAGCACUGCUUUCUUCCAUUUACCAUUCAGGGGGAAUAGGAUUGGGAAUGAGCCUCGACUUUCCUUUCUGUUAUUAAAGGAUUGACAGAGUCUGAAUGCUGAUUCUCAGGCUUCUGUGAUUAAACUCUUGAUUAAAAAAUGAAA